CGCUUGCGUCCUCCGAGCUCCCUCUGCUCUGACGUCAGAAGCGCGCGCCGCUCUGGCGGUCGCGCUCCUCCGCGGGAGCGGAUGGGCUGCUGUCAUGGCGAGCCCCGCAGCCUCUUCCGUGCGACCGCCGAGACCGAAGAAGGAGCCGCAGGCGCUCGUCAUCCCCAAGAAUGCGGCGGAAGAGCAGAAGCUCAAGUUGGAGCGGCUCAUGAAAAACCCGGACAAAGCAGUUCCAAUUCCAGAAAAAAUGAGUGAAUGGGCACCAAGACCUCCCCCAGAAUUUGUUCGGGAUGUAAUGGGUUCCAGUGCCGGGGCGGGCAGUGGAGAGUUCCAUGUGUACAGGCAUCUUCGCCGCAGAGAGUACCAGAGGCAGGACUACAUGGACGCCAUGGCUGAGAAGCAAAAAUUAGAUGCAGAGUUCCAGAAGCGGCUGGAAAAGAAUAAGAUUGCUGCAGAAGAGCAGACUGCAAAACGCCGGCGAAAGCGCCAGAAAUUAAAAGAGAAGAAAUUACUGGCAAAGAAGAUGAAACUUGACCAGAAGAAACAAUCGGAAGGACCUGGUCCAUCCCAGGAGCCGCGGGCUAGCAGCUCUGAGGAGGCGUCUGGAACUGACGACGAGGAAGAGGAGGAAGAGCCCAGCUUCAUCAUGGGGCGAUGAGAUGCUCUCAUAGCAGCCGUCAAGAGACUGGUGGUUCUGUGACCAGGUCCUGGACCACGCUGAGGCGGUCAGGAGUGCCAGCCCUGCCCGUGGACUCCUCUCAGAGCCCGCAGGGGGCAGAGGGACUCUCACCCACACACUGAGGGCCACACCUGCUGGAAGGGAAAGUGCCUCGCCUUCCCCUCUGGAGCCAUCCUCUCCUACUGGGGCUGGUUUCUGUGAUGGGGGUGUUUACUUAGUAAAGAAUGAAAAGCCUC